UGGGAGCACCAGGAGCCCGAGCUUGGAGCGGGACCGUACAGAUUGUUUUUAGAAAAUGGCAGACAAACCAGAUAUGGGAGAAAUCGCCAGCUUCGAUAAGGCCAAGCUAAAGAAAACGGAGACGCAGGAGAAGAACACCCUGCUGACCAAAGAGACCACUGAGUAGGAGAAGCGGAGUGAAAUUUUCUAAGAGCCUGGAGGAUUUCCUGCCCCCAUCAUCUUCAAGACCCUAGUCCUGAUGUGGAGGAAGAGCCACCUGCAAGAUGGACACGAGCCACAAGCUGCACUGUGAACCUGGGCACGCCGCACCGAUGCCACCGGCCUGUGGGUCUCUGAAGGGACCCCCUCAAUCAGACUGCCAAAUUCUCUGGUUUGCCCCAGGAUAUUAUAGAAAAUUAUUUGUAUGAAUAAUGAAAAUAAAACACACCUUGUGGCAUGGCAAAAAAAAAAUUAUAUGUGCUAUAAGACAUGAUAAUUUGACAUUAGCAUUUUAGGCAAUGACAUAUCUACCAAUUAAUUCAACAUUUCUAGUCAUAGACUAGCAUACUGGGCAAACUUGAGUUACUUGCCAUGUGUGGACAAGCCCCAAAUGCUUUGUUAUGCAAGGAAUGCCAAAUAAGACCUUUUAAACAUUUAGUCUUGUGGGUGUGCAUACUGCUUCCAAGUUUUGAGGUACUCUCAUAUUCAGUUUGUGUUUAAACUUAAAAGUGUAGUUCCAUACUCGGUUUUUAAGUGCAGCUUGAGCAAAUAAUAACCAUAACCCCAAAAAGUUGAUGAAUACAAUGGUGCAACAAGAACAUACCAUCCAGAGAAUGACUCCCUCUUCCAUCACACACUUAAGUCUACUCCUCCUCCUUUGGUGAAUAAGUCUUUUUUUUUAGACGGAGUUUCGCUUUUGUUACCCAGGCUGGAGUGCAAUGGCACGAUCUCGGCUCACCGCAACCUCCGCCUCCUGGGUUCAGGCAAUUCUGCCUCAGCCUCCUGAGUAGCUGGGAUUACAGGCACGCGCCACCAUGCCCAGCUAAUUUUUUGUAUUUUUAGUAGAGACGGCGUUUCACCAUGUUGACCAGGAUGGUUUCGAUCUCUUGACCUCGUGAUCCACCCACCUCAGCCUCCCAAAGUGCUGGGAUUACAGGCGUGAGCCACCCCGCGCCCGGCCGAAUAAGUAUUUAUUAUAUCAACUCAUUGGGUAUUACUUAUUUAAGCUUGUUUUUAUUGCUCAAUUGCUAUUUUUUCCUAUCUGUGAAAGUUGGGCAUCUUCAGUUGGGAUGCAUUAAACUUUCCCCUGUUAAUAUUCAUGAGUUUUUUUGGUUUGGUUUUGUUUUUCAUUUAACAGAUCUUCACUUAGUGGAAGGGCUUUCAGGGUCAAAUUAAAGUCCUUAAGAGAAAUACGUUUCAGGAAAGGAAAUGUAAUUACACGACCUGGAUCAGCAGUGAAUAAUACAUGGUCCAAGUCAUAAAAACAACAAAUAUGAAUUGAAUAAAAAUAUGAAUUGGGCCAGGCACAGUAUAAAAGAAGUGACUUAAGCUAUGCCAGGAAAAUGAACAAAGAAUUGUAUUCAAAGGGUGCUCUAACAUAACUGUCUUUGUAUUCCUUAUUAGAAAGUCAAUAUGUAAUAUAUAAAUCUGAAAUAUCAAGAAUAGCAAUAUAAACACGUUAUUUAGAAAAAUGGAAGUAAAUACUAAAAAAACAUCCAAAGCAUUGAACGUGCUUGCCUCUGGAAAUGAGCACUGGGGUGAAAGAGAGGCAGAAUACUGCUUUUCAUUAUGUUUUAUAGGACUGUUUGACUUCCUAAAGUAAUAACUAAGAAAAAUUAAAAUUACAUUUAAAAAGGCAAUAAGUAUUCAUUGGAGAAAACUUGAAAAAUACAAAAAAUGGAAAGAGAAUACAAUAAAAGUCAUUUAUAAUAUAUCUCUACCCAGGAAAGCUGCUGAAGAAACAAUUGCAGGUUAGUUUUGAGUUUUUCUACUAUACAUACAUAUGUUCACAUUUUUAAAAUAAAAGUGAGAUAGUACUGUAAAUAUUGUUUUGCAACCUGCAUUUUUUUCCUUAUGGUAAUUAUGGCAAAUUUUCCUAUAUUAAUAUUCAUUGACUACAUCAUUUUAAUGGCUAUAUAUUCCCCAUUAUGUAAAUACACUAUCAUUUAUUUAAUUCAAUCUAACAUUAACAUUAAGUAUUCAACCAGCAUAAUUCUUCCAGCAAACAAAUGCAACGUUUAAUUCUUUUGAAAAGAUAGCAGAAAGGGAUUUUCUCUACCCUUUGCUCAAUUGUUGUCGAUAGUUUGUAUUUUGCUUUGCUAGCAAGGCUGAGAUACUUGACUUGCUCUGAGAUUUUCCUCUGACAAUUCACACCCCUUUUAAAAUUCUCUCUUCCUUUAAAAUUGUAAAAGGAAUGUGUAUGUGGCAAAUAGAUGUUCUCGCCUGAUAGUGACCAUUUUCUCAUCUUUAGGGAAUAGCACCUCGAUUUUUCUUCCUGGAAUCCCUUCUCCUUCUCAGGCAAUGCUCAGCCCUUGUGGUUUGGGUAAAACUGACUCCACCUCGGGUCCAGGGUGACCAUAUGAUCUCACCUCAUAGUUCAUCCCUCAGCCUAGUUCAUCUUUCCAGGCUCCAUGAACAGUUCAGAGAUGGACAUAUGGUCAGAAAGGAUUCAACAGAGUCAACACCAUGGCUUUCGGUGGAAACUUUAGGGAAGGAGUUUUCUCUUUCUUUUCACUGGGAUGGCUGAGCAGACAAAAGUUUCAGUGUGAGGUGGCUGGUGGCCAUUUGCCACUGCAAAGGAAAAGCCUUCCUGAGAAUUCAGCCAAAGAGUAAUAAAGAUGACUGAGAGGUUUUAAAAGGCAGAAUCAUAAUGACACCUUUUGAGCACCUGGAUCCAGCACUCCCAGUCAGUUACAUGAACUAAUACAUUUCCUUUUUUCCUUAAUCUCUUUUGAGUUGGGGUGCUGUCGUCUGCAAGUGAGUAUAUAUGUUCAUAAUAUACUCUCGAAGUCAAAUAACUCAAACAGUAUUGGUAAAAAGUGAAAAUUAAAACUUCCCCUUUUCUUCCCCAAACUAUCAGUCCAAACUCCCCAGAGACAAUUACUUCUCAUGGUUUCUUAACCAUGCUUCCAAAAUGUGUCUUUGCAUUUACAAAUACACCAAUUUCUAAUUUUUGAAAUAUACAAACAGGAUUAUACUAUCUAUAGUAUCCUGUAACUUCUGUUUUCUACCUCACCAUGAGGAAAGAAGAUAUCUUGCCUUGUCCAAAUAUAUAUAUAUUUACUUCAUUUUCACUAAGACUUUUUUUUUUUCUUGAGAUGAAGUCUCGCUCUGUUGCCCAGGCUGGAUGGAGUGCAGUGGCAUGAUCUCAGCUCACUGCAACCCCCACCUCCUGGGUUCAAGUCAUUCUCCUGCCACAGCUUCCCAAGUGGCUGGUACUACAGGCAGGCGCCACCAUUCCUUUUUAAUAGAGACAGGACUUUACCAUUUUGGCUAGGCUGGUCUUGAACUCCCAACCUCAAGUGAUCUGCCUGCCUUAGCCUCCCAAAGUGCGUGAGCCACUGUGUCCGGCCAUUUUUCCUAAGACAUUUACUUAUAUUUUUUCAUUUUGCAAAGGAGUAUUAGUGUAUUGUAUGGACAUCCCAUAUUCUAACCAGUCCUGUACUGAUGGCCGUUUAGGUUUACUCAGUUUUUCACCAUUAAAAACAGGUUGUGAUGGGUGUUAUUCUUUUACUGCUUUGUGCAGCAAAUCCACAAAGCCAGAGAAGUUUAUGCUUCUGGCCCCUUCUAGCCCAGGCCCCUUCCAGGGAGGUUGCAUUUCAUUUGCUGCCACGGGAUUCAGGUAUGUGAAUGCCAGCUGCACAAGGUAAGAGUGAUAUCAGUAAUAGCACUACUGCCCUGUGCCAACUCACAGGGGUCAAGAUCCAAAGUUGCAGGACCCUAGGUCAUGUAUCAGUAAAAACGUGUCUGAGGACAACAGGUGCAGAAUUACACGGAAGUCAAAGAGACCUGGUUUGAAAUGUGCGAGGAGCUAUUCUGGGGAAAGUUCUAAUUGUCAGAGGUAUGAAAAGGCCUUUGAUUCUCACAAAAGUCUACUAGAAACAUAAUAAUUCAGCACAUACAACAAAAAAUGCACUAUAUGUGUUUUUCUUUUUUGACAAGAAUAAGGGAGAAUAAAAUUUAUGAAGAUUUCUGUCUUUGUAGGGGUCAAAUCUGCAGCAAUACCACAAGCAGCAAGUCUAUGUCUAUACAAAGUGGCAUGUUUUCUCAUCACGACUAUCAGUAAUAAAGAACGAAUGUCAAUUUACUGUGCCACAGGAAAGACUGAACUAUCUUCCUACUCUCUUUACGAAAAGUGAUAUUUCAAAAUUGUUGUCAUAUGAAUCAGAAGCAAUCAAAGAAUAUGCAGCCAAAAAAUAUAGGAAAAAAGGCAUUGUAAAAGCACAUGAGGCAGUAAAGUAAUAAAAAUAUUAUUUUUCUGAAUUUUGUGAUCAUGGUAUUUGGUAGCUUUUUAAAAUGUGUGAC